AGAAAACACACAAAUAAAUGCAAGUGUUGCUUCCUCUACUUGUACAAUACUUCAAUGCAAAGUUUAGUGCUCCCUUGAGCUUAAGCUCUCUCUUCCUCUCUCCUGCAGGCCAGAAACAACUUUGUAUUCCUGAUAGGAAAGGAUUAGUGGGAAGUAUUAAUGGAGAAGGAAAAUGGGGAAGCUUUUGGGUCAGUUUCUGAGGAAAUGAAAACAGGAGCAGGCUUACCUUAUGCUCCACAGGAUUGGCCAAACCCUGGUGAUGUGUGGACUUGGAAGUUGGGGAGAAGAAUCAGUACUGAUGGAUUUUACAGAGAUAGAAUUAUAUUUCUUCCGAAGAGGCUUCACCAAAAAGGAAAGAGGAAGUAUUUUGAUAGCAAGAAAUCCAUUAUCACUUAUCUCCAAUCCGAAUUUCCCGACACAGAUGUUGAUGCCUUUUUCCAGUCUUUCACUUGGAGGGUCCCUGCAAGCUUCAGCACCUCUGAAGAGAAAGCGGAUAAGCGUGGUGCACUUACCUCUGACAAGCUUCAGAAUCUAGCGGAUGAGCACGGCGCACUUACCUCUGGCAAGCUUCAGAAUCUAGCUCGAGCAAGCGCUUGUCCUAAAAAGGUCCAUCCACGGUCUAAAUCAGAAAAAAUUGGAGAAACAGACUUCGCAAGAAGAUCAUGGAGACUUAUUAUGUCUAAGGCUUCUUCGAAAAAAAAAAUUCGGUUUAGUCCUAAAGAAGUGAAUGAUGUAAUUGACUUGUCUUUAUUGAGUAAUGGGACGAGAUCAUGCGACUCAACAGCUGAUAAUUCAAUGAGUGGUACUAAUUCCAAAAUUCGAACUUCACCCAUUCAGAAUUCUGGUCCACAGAAUUCUAAAGAUGGUGCUAAUUGUCAUUCCUCCAAAGAAACUCCAUCCAAUUCCAUUCCUGACGAUAGUGACAUGAGUAUCAGUUCUGCUGACAAUCCCCUGUCUCAGACCCGCCCUAAAUUACCAGAAGAAGGUCCUGUGGAUGAUCAAUCUGCUACCAGUCAAGAAAAGAUGUUUGAAGCUCGAAAAAAACUUUUGUUGCUUCUUGCUGAGGAUAACCCUGCAGUCCUGCGCUCAUCAAUCAAGCUCCCCGAAAUUAUGCACACUGCUCCAAACAUUGAUGCUAAUCGGCAUGGAAAAUUAAAAUUGAUCGAUGAAGUUCCACUGGCAUGGAAUGAACUUCAGAAAAAUACGAACAUAUCAGAGGCAGCUGGCAAAUACAGUGAAGAUCUUGAAACCAAUAUUGCAUGGGCAACUACACUUGUGAAUGAGUACAAUGAAUCCAAAGGGUAUGAAUAUGUUCUUUACAAAGAACUUGAUUCUAUAUCACAGAAUAUAGAAAAGAUUGAUGAACAAAUUAGUACACUGCAAUCACGACGACAUGAACUAGCUAGUGCUGCUGAUGCAAAGAAAAAAGUGGUGGACAUGUUAAUCUCCAAACAGGAAAGAGCGGCUGAAUGUCUUUCUAAUGCUGUACAUGUGGCUGAGAUGGGUAAGGAGCGGAGGCAGAUAUGGGAGCUGGAAAAGGAGACGUCGAAAGACAAGGAGAAUAUUUUCUCCGAAUUUGUUCCUCUCAGAGACUUCUUUCUGUAGAACUUCUGAGCUUCAUGUAAGAUAUAUCAAGUUAAAGCAACUUCUGAGCUUCAUGUAAGUUUAAAACUAUCUAUUUCAGUGUAGUAUUUUCUACUGUGUCCCCAUCAGCUGUUAAUACAUUUGUAAUUUAGUCCAUUUACCAGCCUUUGGACCUGUAAUCCCAACAAAGAAGUUGUGCACCAUUCUCCCUGAAAGUUUCAA